UUGUCAGGAGAUCGAGAAGCUGACAUUCUCAAGUUGAUAGCUGAAGGACGCCGCUAUCUAGGGCUACCGCACUUGUUCUGGGGUAUCUGGAAUAUCCUUUUUGCUCAGGAGCAUAAAGCGCUGGAAGAUAUGGACUACGACGCACAGUUCAAGGAUCGUAUAAUCAUGUAUUUCAAAUUCAAACCAAAUAUGUACAAAUACUGA